AUGGGGGAUUUUAACAACAUUAGAGAUCCGAUGGAAAGGAUGAAAGUAUGCCAAAGAGGGAUGAAGGAAAGCAAUAUCCAAGAGUUUAAUGAAUGGAUAGAUGAUAUGGAGGUGGAGGAAGCGCCAUGGAUUGGAAGAAAAUUUACAUGGUUUAGACCCAAUGGCAUCGCAAGAAGCAAGUUAGAUAGAUUUCUAGUCUCUCCAAAGUGGCUUACAAAAUGGCCAGGCAGCAUCCAACACCCAUUGGAUAGAAAUUUUUUUGGCCAUUGUCUGGUUUUGCUUAGGUCAAAGGUUGUAGAUUGGGGACCAAAGCCAUUCCGGGUCCAGGAUUGCUGGCUUCUAAACAAAUCUUUCAAGUCAAUAGUGAAGGAAUGUUGGUUGUCCCAACAGCAGAGUGGGUGGGGUGGAUUCGUGUUGAAAGAAAAAAUAAAGAAAUUGAAGGAAAGGUUGAAGACAUGGAAUAGAGAUCGGUUUGGGGAUACUUUAAAGAAAUACAAGAAGAUUGAGGGAGAACUAAACCAGUUAGAAGUGAACUUGGCUGAUAGACCACUCUCUCCUCAGCAGAUGAUAAUCAGAAAACAACUUCAAGAAGAUCUAUGGAUAGCUGCACAAUCACAUGAAUCUCUACUAAGACAGAAGGCAAGGGCCACAUGGGUCAAAGAAGGCGAUUGUAACUCAAGAUUUUUCCAUUUGAUCCCCAAGAAGGUGAACGACAAGUUAGUCUGCCUGCAAUGUAGAUUCCUGUGGGGAGGAGGAUCAGACACAAACAAGAUUGGUUGGAUCAAGUGGGACACAGUAUGCCUUCCAAAAGAAAAAGGUGGAUUGGGUAUCAAAGACAUAAGCACUUUCAACAUGGCUAUGCUUGGCAAAUGGAGAUGGAACUUAUUUCAUGAUGAAGGACAACUUUGGGCGAAGAUACUGGUGUCUAAGUACGGAGGGUGA